AUGGAUGUGCAGUCCAUUCCGAGUAAGCAAACAAAGAAAACAGAAGCCCUGCUUAAGAAAAUUCGCACGAAAGCGAUGAAGGCAACCAUUGCAGCCGAAACGGACACAUCCGCAAACCAAUAUUCAUUAGAAGAUCUUAUGGCAAUGGAAAAUGUCAAACACAUUGAGAUUUUCAAAAUUGACAUUGAAGAUCGCUACUUCCACACUUCAUCGCCUCUGAAUCUCUUAUUGCAGAUCUUGAUCGAAGUUCACGGCACCCCAGCAGAGAUGAUCACUUUAAUAAAUGAAAUCUCACGUCGUGGUUAUUGGCUGUAUUCUUACGAAAUCAAUGGCGCAUGGCACAAUCUCUGCGAAUUCUCAUUUUUACACGAGGAUGCAUUUUCACGAUAUGGAGCUACUCCCAUGGCGAAAUAUUUGGACAUAAACGAAUGA